AUUUAUAUAAAGUAAAGCUGAAGAUUAUAACUUCAGUUUUAAACUGGUUUCAAAAAUGGUCUCUAAGGUGUUGGCUUUGUUCGUGAUCGCAGCGGCUUUGACUCAGGCCCAAGCAGUCACUCAAAUCACAUUACCAGAUCAACAUCAUACUUUCUUAACGAACCAGCUCAUCGGCAAGUCCCUAUCUAUCCCGAAGUCUUUCUUGGACCUCUUGGAGUCUUGCCACGUGAUCUUCCCAAAUGGCAUGACCUAUGAAGCCUUCCCUAACAACAGGCUCCCAGCUGGACCUAUCACAUUCCUGGAUGCCGUUCAGCCUUUCACCAGCUGUGCCAUUGGCUUCUUGGGUGCUGAUGUCUCGCUGAGUGGAAUGUACGAGCUGAUGUCCUUGGUUAGACAUUCUGCUGAUAACAACUUCAGUUUGACAAGACAGCGAUUCCACCUUACCCUGGUUGAAAUCGACCCCUGGAAGGGUGAAGCCUAAAUAGUGAUGAUCUUUAUAUAUUUCUUAUGUUGUGAUUUUU